UUCUCGUGCAGGGAGGCAUUGAAUCUCUUCCAUGCUGUAAAUUAUAUUAUUUGGGUCUGGGAAUUAUUAUGACAUGAUCUUUCAAUGCAACAGUUUCAUCAAACAAAGAAUUCAAUUAAUAUUUUUAUUGGGAAAUUUUGUGACAAAUUAAAAUCAGUUUAUGAUUUAUAUAUGAUUCUAAGACAAUUACCGUUCAAUAAAACUCCAGUAAAAUUUUUGUCAAAAAUGCUUAACUUUUAAUACCCAGUGCUGGAAUUUUCAACCUGAAUUUUUGUGUAAAAAUAGGGUUGACUGGAUAUCUUUGUAAUCUAUGCAAAAAAAUUCUUAAAACUUCAUAAUUCGUAACUGUUGUUAUUAAUAUGUUGUCUCCAUAAUAUAGACUGUAAACAAUAGUGAAUGUUCUUGGUGGGGCCUCAAGUGGUUGUGCAGUUGUGUUGAUAUCCAGUUGUGUUGUUGUGUUCCUGCUGGUUGUGUUUGUGAUACCGCUGAGUAAUCAAGUGAGACAAUCAAAGUUAAGUAAAGGAAAAAAUGGCUGAUUUUCUUGCAGAGAACAAUGCAUGUGGGCAAACCUUACUUAAACUUGUCAGUCGUGGAAAUGCUAUUAUUGCAGAGUUGCUUCGACUUUCAGAUUUUGUACCACCUGUUUUUAAGUUGGAAACUAAGGAAGAACGGGAAAAAUAUGGAGAGAUUUUGUUGGAUUUCUCUUAUUUUCGAUCAAUUGAUUUAUUUGAUCACAAACUGAACUCGAAACCAGAUCUCCAGGACCUUGAUGAAGAAUUUCGAGAAAACCAUCUUGAGAUCUUAACUCGCUUUUAUCUUGCAUUCGAGAGUAUUUAUAAGUAUGUCACUGAUCUCAAUAGGUAUUUGGAAGAUUUGGAUGAAGGUAUAUUUAUUCAGCAAACAUUAGAAAGUGUGUUACUUAUCAAUGAUGGCAAGCAACUUAUGUGUGAAUCAUUGUACUUGUAUGGAAUGAUGUUGCUUAUUGUUGACAUGCGCUUUGAAGGUGAUGUUCGAGAAAGAAUGCUGGUUUCGUAUCACAGAUACUGUGCAUCAACAGCUUCAAUCGACUCCUACAUGGAUGAUGUUUGCAAAUUGCUGAGAAGCACUGGAUACAACAGUCUUCCUGGAAGUAAGAGACCUCCAAAGUACCCAGAAGAUUAUUUUAAGCGUGUGCCAAUCUCAGCAACAUUUAUUGAUAUGGUCAUUGGGAGGCUAAGAUCUGAUGAUAUCUAUAAUCAGGUUGCUUCCUACCCGCUACCUGAGCACAGAAGUACAGCAUUAGCCAAUCAAGCCGCUAUGUUGUAUGUAAUAUUAUACUUUGCACCUGACGUUUUACACAACCAACAAGCAAAGAUGCGGGAAAUUGUUGACAAGCACUUUCCUGACAACUGGGUUAUUAGCAUCUACAUGGGACAUAUUGUAAAUUUAAGUGAAGCAUGGGAACCAUACAGAGCUUCGCGCAAUGCAUUAAACAACACUGUAGAUCUACAGAACGUCCGUGCAAUUGCGACUCGACAUAUCCAGAAGGUCAAGACUCUCAAUACACAGGUUUUGAACUAUUUAAAAGAGGGUGUGUUGGUGGAAGAGUUUGUGUUGGAUAGUAUUCCAAAACUGAUGAAUUUGUUGCGUGAAUGUAAUGCUACGUACAGGUGGUUGAUGUUGCACACAGCAGAAGGAAUAUCUGAUACACACAAAAAGUGCCGUCAAAUUCGUGACGCGAUUAUAUCUUUUGGUCAUGACCCCAGACUACUGUUUCAGUUGCUACUAAAUAUGUCACAGUUUGAGUUCAAACUCAAAGAGAUGUUUAAGCAGAUGUUAACUAGCAAGAAAGAUAAGUGGGAUUUAUAUAAGAACGAAUGUGUUGGACGAAUGGAUGAGCUUGGUGAAGUGUUUAGCGGUACAAAACCUCUUACUAGAGUUGAAAAGAAUGAAAAUCUAAUGGCGUGGUUUCAGGAGAUGUCCAAACAAAUUAGUUCCUUAGAUUACGAAGAUUCCACUUCUGCUGGAAGAAAAAUGAUUCAACUCAUUCAAGCUCUAGAGGAGGUUCAAGAAUUUCAUCAGUUGGAAACCAAUCUUCACGUUAAACAGUUUCUUUGUGACACGAGAAAAUAUCUACAUCAAAUGAUUCGAACAAUUAACAUUAAAGAAGAAGUUAUGAUAACAAUAGAACUGGUCGGUGACACAAGUUAUGCUUGGCAAAUUAUGGACAGCUACACGCCUCUGAUGCAAGAAGGUAUCAAGAAUCACCCUACAUCUGUCAUUAAGUUGAGAGCAGCUUUCAUCAAGAUGGCAUCUGCACUUGAGUUACCAUUGGUUCGGAUUAGUCAAGCGAACAGUCCGGAUUUAAUGAGUGUAUCACAGUAUUAUUCCGGCGUGUUGGUGGCGUACUUAAGAAAGGUGCUUCAAAUUAUUCCUGAAUCAAUAUUUUCGCUACUAGCUGUCAUUAUAAACAUACUUUCCAAGAAAAUGAAAGAGGUUCCAACACGUUUAGAUAAAGAUAAACUGAGGGAAUAUGCUCAAAUUGAUGAAAGAUAUGAAGUUGCGAAAAGAACGCAUGCUAUAUCAGUAUUUACAGAAGGUAUAUUGCUUAUGAAAACCACACUGGUUGGUAUCAUUAAGAUCGAUCCAAAACAGCUUCUUGAGGAUGGUAUUAGGAAAGAACUUGUACGACAAAUUUCAUAUGCUCUUCACAAUGGAUUGAUAUUUAGUGCAAAGUUGAAACCUGGUGAGUUAGUCCAGAAGUUGAAGGCACUUGGUCAAACCAUGGAUGCAUUUUGUCGAUCUUUUGAGUAUAUUCAAGACUAUAUAAACAUAUAUGGAUUGAAAAUUUGGCAAGAGGAAGUGUCGAGAAUCAUAAAUUAUAAUAUCGAGCAAGAAUGUAAUAGCUUUCUUCGGACAAAGAUUUUGGACUGGCAAUCAAUCUAUCAAUCUACCACCAUACCCAUCCCAAGAUUUCUACCAGUUGACAGUUCUGUCAAUUUUAUUGGCAGACUGGCGAGAGAAAUACAAAGAAUUACCGAUCCCAAGACUACUAUUUACAUAGAGAAUAUGAACGCUUGGUAUGAUAGUCGAACACGUGAAGAAGUUUUGAAUUCAAGCAUCUUUUCAUUGGUUCAGAAGAGCAUUGGGACGCCAGGAUUGGUCGGUUUGGAUAAAUUGUUGUCUUUUAUGAUUGUUAAAGAAUUACAGAACCAUGUUUCGUUUUUGAGUAAGGGAUUUUACAGAGAUGCUACCGCGUUUAAACUUGUUGCUGAACUAGCAAAAACAAUAGCUCCGUUGAAAUCUAUUGUUUCCAAUCCUGGAAAGACGUAUGCAAGCACUAUUUAUAAAAUACAGAAAUAUUUGUCAACAUACAGCGACUUCGUAGUGAAGGUUGGCCAGAUGCAAAUUAUUCGCAGAAAGAUUGCCAACCAGUUGGGAUUUUCGUGCAAAUUUGACUCGAAACCACUAUUCAACGCUUUACAAACAUUUAAUGACACAAUUAUGAAAGAUAUACAAGCACAUUACAAAGAUCCAACAUUGCCAUAUCCUCCCGAAGACAAUCCUUUAUUAUAUGAACUAACGUCUUACCUGGAAUCCACUGGUAUUAGUAACCCUUUCUUAAAGAUCUACACCACUGGAAAGAUGACUCCUUAUUUUUCUUUCUUGGCUGCUCUUUUGGUAAUUAGUCAACUCUCAAAGUUAUCAUUUUCAAAGAAUUUAAGUGGUAUGGUGGCAAAGAAAUCUAACGAUCCAUUAGACAGCACUGCGUUCGUGUUAGGUCUAUUAACGUUGUUGAAACAGUAUCAUUCGGAAUGCACAGAGAUAUUCAUCACCAUACUAGGACAGUAUGUACGAUCCACGGCUGAAGCAAACGUUAACAACCCGAAGUUAUCGGAAUUGUCAUCGGAAGUUGUAAAUACUCUCUGUUUUUUGGAAGACUUUGUGUUGUAUGGCGAGUUGUCAAGAAAGAUCGUGGAAGCUCACAUCCCCGCAUACAUCUUCGAAGAUUUUAAACACCAAGUUGUGCAAUAACUACUGUCCGUUUUUCACAAUACCAGUUUUGUUCUGAUGUACUACGUGGUUGGUUCAUUGUGUCAUAGCAACAAAGAAACAUAGCUGGAUGAUUUUCUUUUUUAAUUUACACAAAAUAUUUUGGUUUGUUUGUUUUCUUCGAAACUGUUUUGUUUAUAUUAAAGUUGUAAACUAUUUUUUUAUAUAAAAAUUCAUAAGUAGGAUUUUUGAUUUAAAUGCAUUAAUAAUUUAACACCCGAACAUCUUCCAGCCCUUUUUUAGACGGGCUGUGAUAAACGCCCGUUAUGCGUCGGCUGUAAUUUAGCGCCCUUGUGAGCAGUACUUUUAAACCUUUAUUCGAACAGUUAACAUCGAUCUUCUUACACUUGAAAUAAUUUACUCAGUGAAAACCGCUGUAAAAAAGAGUACGGUAAUAAUUAUUUCAGGCUACAAAAAUAGACGGAAUAGUAAGUAGUGAAAAUUAUUUUUCCUGUUGUCACUAUUUCGUUGGGAGGCUGAAGAAUAUGAUGUUUUACAGGACUAGACAACAAAUUUGCAGCGGCUGCUGAAAUGCAACUUAUUUAAUAAAAGGCUUUAUUUUUCAGUCCUAUUAUCGUACCUUGUUAUUAUGAUGAAAUUGAAAAAUACAGACUGUUAAAUGUAGACGUUUGUACAAACCAGAUAGAAAUUCACGUUUUUUUUUUUUGAUUUUAUAAAAUUUGAAUGUAAUAAAUUUAUAUAUAUACAGAUCUAGUUACACUAGAAGAAAGAGAAUUUACAUAAUAA